AUGCCCUGGUCUACAUCACCGCAGACUACUGCAGCUGCCUCUGCGGUGGCUCUGGUUGUGGAGAGGAUACGAUAUCUGGUUACCAACGCCCACGCCGUCCACCACGCCUCGCUGCUGGAGCUUCAGAAACCCUCGGAUGACUUGAAGUGCUUGGCCCGGGUGCUCUGCCAAGGACCAGAUUGCGAUCUGGCACUGCUGGAGCUGGUCGAGGAGGCGCCCGGCUUCUGGGAGGGUGUUGAGCCCCUUUCGCUCAGUGAAGACCUGUGCCAUCUCAACGACCGAGUCCGAGUUUGUGGCUUUCCAGUGGGUGGCGAGAACAUCAGCAUCACAGAGGGCAUCGUCUCCAGGGUGGAGAUGCAACCCUACCGACAUGGUUUGGGAAGCCUGUUGGCUAUCCAGAUUGAUGCUGCCAUCAACCCUGGAAACAGCGGGGGUCCCGCCCUGGAUGCACAGGGCCGCUGCGUGGGAGUUGCCUUUCAGAGCCUCCAAGAUGCUGACAACAUAGGAUACCUGAUCCCUGCUGAAGUACUUCGCCAUUUUCUGUCCGGCUACCGCCGCUGCGGAGGUUAUGCAGGCUUUGGCCACCAUGGCUUUGCCUGGCAGCCUUUGGACAACCGGGCCCUCCGCGAGGCGGUGCUGCGGCAAAACGGUGCCGGUGUCGCAGGCCUUGCAGGAGGAGUGCUCGUGAAGCGGAUCGAGCCGACUUCGCCCGCCAACGAGCUCCUGAAGGAGCAGGAUGUGCUCCUGUCCAUCGCGGGGAGACCAAUAAGCACAGGUGGCACCGUGCACUUCCGACGUGGGGAGCGCAUUGCCUUCCCCUACAUCACCAGCCAAAGAUGCCCUUACGACACGGUUGAGUGCGAAGUGCUCAGGGACAGCAAGGUGGGAACAAUGCUGGUUGGGCAUGAAGCUGAUGUAGAGUGGGGGGACCUUUUCGAGGAGCGCUCACCCGUUUGCCUGGCCGAACCGUGGCUGCGGAAUAUCCGGAGCUUCCAAGACGAGGAGGUUGUUGUGCUCUCCUGCGUUUUCGCCUCAGCACUCACAGCCGGCCUGACACACUUCAUGAAUCGUCGCUUGCACCGAUGCAACGGGGUGCAGGUACGCAACCUGCAGCAUUUGGCAGAACUGCUGGAUACGGCCACGACGUCAACAAUCUGGUUUGCGCUGGAUGAUGACGACGUGAUUGCACUUCCGACAGAGCAGGCCCGAGCCACUACAAGGUUGGUCUUGGAGACAAAUCUCAUUCCAGCGGCACGCUGCCUACCGACUCCCAAGUAG